AUGACAUUGGUAACUGUCAGAAAUGCGAAUGCUCUUGAGCUGAAUGAAAUGCUGCUGAAGAUGGCUCCGGGAGAAGCUGUAGAGCUUUUUGGUAUAGAUAGCCCUGUAAGCGAAGAAGAGGGAGAUCUUAGAAUGCCUUGCGAUGACGAGGAAUUUUUGCAUGAUUUGCCGCUUUCUGGUAUGCCUCCGUACAGAUUGCUGCUGAAACGGGCGCGAUCGUUAUGCUUCUGCGAAAUAUCAAUAUUAUCGCAAGGCUCUGCAGCGGUACACGUUGGAGGUGUUAUCCAUCUCAAUCGAGAACCAUUUGUUGAGGUGUAG